GGGACAUAAAAACACCGACUCAUAACGAGCUGGUUCUGAUUGAACCCUUCACAACACAGGGUCAGAGAAAAGGAGAAGGUGAAAAGGGGAAUUGGCUAAUUUCCUGAAUCACGACACGUUCCUGUGUGAGUUCAUCUGGAUAAUACCCUGUGUGUCAACCCGGGUGUGUCAUCGAGAAGCAGCUAAAAAUAAUCUGAUUCUGGGUGGUUCUACUGGGAAUUAGAGUAAAGAUAGGAUUAGCCAAGAUGCUAACGGAGCUAAACGUUACCACGAUGUUGAACUUCACGACCGCGGCCCCCCACGGUGGUGGAGGCGGCUGCCCUCCAGUCGGCAUCCAGCUCGAGGGUCUGAUCCUGCCUCCGGUCCUCACCAUCGACGUCAUCCUGGGGCUUCUGGGUAACUUAGUCGCCCUGUGGAUCUUCUGCUUUAAACUGAAGGCGUGGAACCCCAACACGCUGUUCCUCUUCAACCUCGUCAUCGCCGACUUCUUGGCGCUGGUCAGUCUGCCGCUGAGGAUCGACGCCCUGCUCCGCGGACACUGGGUGUUCGGAGACGGGUUAUGCCGGAUCAACCUCUUCCUGAUGUUCUCCAACCGCUCGGCCAGCAUUGCACUGAUGACCGUGGUAGCCAUCUACCGCUACUUCAAGGUGGUCCACCCCCACCACCGGUUCAACAACAUGACGAAGCGUCAGGCUGUGUUGGUGUCGCUGCUGGUCUGGUUGCUGGUCAUCGGCCCCCGGGUUCCCAUGCUGGCCUACAACCACAUCAAGGGCCGCGGCGAGCGCACCCAGUGCUUCUUCUUCACUUCCUACAAGGAGGCGUCCCGCGCCCUCAUCGUCCUGGUGGGGAUGCACCGUGUCCUGACGGUGCUGGAGUUCAUCCUGCCGGCCGCCAUGCUGCUCUUCUGCUCCUUCCGGAUACACAGCUUCCUGCGGGGCCGCCAGAUGGGGAACCCGGAGAAGGUGCGAAAGGCGAUGCGGGUGUGCGUGGCCAUCGUGGUGGUCUUCACGGUGUGUUUCCUGCCCACCACCGUCACCACCAUUGGGAUCUGGGCGAUCCGCUCCUUCCGGCCCUGGGACUGCGCCUCCUUCUACACUUUCACCCAGCUCAACAUCGUGUCUCUGGGGAUGAACUUCCUGAAUUCUGCGCUGGACCCGGUGGUCUACGUGUUCUCCAGCUCCAUGUUCAGGAAGGCGCUGUGCAGAUCGCUGCCCACAGCCCUGCGCUGCGGGGGGGAAGCCGGGGACGAUGCACCGUCCUCUUCGGGAACUCAGAGCACCACCCAGCAGGAGCUGAAGUCCAUCAGGGCCGACGGAGGGAGUGGAGCAGUGUAGAGCUCCAUCAUCGAGGAGAGAGGUGCAGGAAUGGGUCCUAGAAAGUCAUGAGUCAGCAUUUCAUCACUUCCUGUCCCCUGGUGUGGAGGUCAAUGGUUUUGCGAAUUGUUUUUUGGUGUUGAAAACCAGAAAUCUGUGUGUGUGUGUGUGUGUGUGUGUGUGUGUGUGUGUGUGUGUGUGUGUGAUGAUUUAAAUAUUUUCUGGUAUUUUCAGAUUUUUGUGAAUGUGUGUGGGACAUUUUUCAUGAAUUGUUUUGGAGGUAAAGUCUGUUCCAAGAACUAAAAAGAUAUAAACAAAUACAAUAAAACAAACUUACUUGAGGUUAAAUAUGCAUGAAUACAGAUUAAUAGCAGGAUGUUUUGUGCAGUUAUAACAGAAAUGUGUAUUAAAGCAAAUUAAAACCUG